AACCUGUUUGCGAAUACACCAUCCCUGCACCACAUUAUGAUCUGUCCUGAGGGUGUCGUUUCCGACUGCGAUGGUCACUUUAGACUCCGAGUCUGUCUUGCUUGUCACCGUGCAUUGAGGCGACACUGGUUACCUCCCACUGCAAUGGCAAAUGAUCUGUACUUGGGUCCUUUCCUCAUUAUGUGGCUCUGUGGUUGACCAUGGGGUUAGAGAGUGUCC